CUCCCGUGCGAGUGAUGUAUCCAUGAAGUCGUUACUACAAAGAUGGCGGAUUUCCUGCCCUCCCGGACUGCAAUAGUUUGUAUUCCCAAUUGUCUUCUCUCGCACGGCGAAAUUGAUCAAAUCAGAAAGUCUAAGGAGAUCGACAAAACGAUUUCUCGUGAGAAGACGUAUGUGAAGAAACUGGUGAAGAUCUUGUUGUUAGGCGCUGGCGAAAGUGGCAAGUCAACUUUCCUCAAACAAAUGCGCAUAAUUCAUGGGCAGGACUUCGAUCAGCGGGCCAAAGAAGAGUUCCGGGCUACAAUCUACAGCAAUGUUAUCAAAGGUGUCAGGGUGCUGGUCGAUGCCCGUGAGAAACUGCAUAUUCCUUGGGGAGACCCUGAUAAUCAGUUUCAUGGGGAGACAAUUAUGGCCUUUGACACCCGCUCAUCCUUGAUGGCCAAAGGAAUGGUGGAGACCAAAGUUUUUCUGAACUACCUGCCCACCAUUCGUGCUCUAUGGCAAGACAGCAGUAUUCAGAAUGCUUAUGACAGACGACGAGAGUUUCAGCUGGGGGAAUCUGUGAAAUAUUUCCUGGACAAUGUGGAUAAACUCGGAGAACCGGACUACUUGCCCACCCAAAAGGAUAUACUUCUGGCACGGAAGCCCACCAAAGGUAUCUACGAGUACGACUUUGAGAUCAAGAACGUUCCUUUCAAGAUGGUGGAUGUGGGAGGGCAGCGGUCUGAGCGCAAGCGAUGGUUCGAGUGCUUUGAUUCCGUAACCUCCAUCCUUUUCCUAGUCUCAUCCAGUGAGUUCGAUCAGGUGCUUAUGGAAGAUCGCCAGACCAACAGGCUCACGGAGUCUCUCAACAUCUUCGAGACGAUCGUCAAUAACCGCGUCUUCUCCAACGUCUCUAUAAUUCUUUUUCUCAACAAGACAGACUUACUGGAGGAAAAAGUCAACAACGUGAACAUCAAGGACUAUUUCCCAGAGUUCAUCGGGGAUCCCAAUGAUCUCAAAGAUGUGCAGACAUUCCUGGUGGAGUGCUUCCGUAACAAGCGUCGGGAGCAACAGCAGAAGCCCCUGUACCAUCACUUCACCACUGCCAUUAACACAGAGAACAUUCGCCUUGUCUUCCGUGAUGUCAAAGACACCAUCUUGCAUGACAACCUUAAACAGCUUAUGUUACAAUAAAAUGGCACCAGAAGGCCUUUAAGAACAUUCCAUUUUAAUUAGGUUUUUAGUUUAUUUAAUACGACAAGUGGUUCUAUACAUAUUGUGGUUAAAGUGAAACAGAUAAGAUGAUAACUAUGCAUACUUAAUGCAUAUUAUAUCUAUCAUUAAAAUAGCAAGAAUUUGAUAUACGCCACUUGCUAAACUUGUUGUAGCUGUAUCAGAUAUGCUAAGGAAUGGUCCUCAGUUAUUCACCAAAAUGCUGUAAUUAUGAUGAUUUACUGUAUGUUUAUAAGUGUCUUUUGUAUAUACCAGUAACACUCCUGUAACCCAAAGGUUAGCAUCCUGAUUUGGUAAGGCUUUUCAAAAAGUGAAAACUCAGGGCUAUACAUAUUUUUUCCCACAGCUCACACCAGUGAGCAAGAGCAAUUUUUAAUGGGGUUGUUGAAUAAGUUUUAUUAUAGCACAGCGUAUCUUGCUGUCUUUGCCUUCCCCGCAAAAUGCCUUUUUGUUGCUCCCAGAUUAUGACAAUAAAGUAGUACAAUUAAGGUACUUUUGUACUUAUGUUUGUAAUAUUUAACAAAAGGGAAAGUAUAUUAAACAUUUUCCAAUUGAACUUGUACAGAAGGUUUCUCUGUACAAAUUCUUUAAAUACGCUGAAGGUUUUCACAACAGUUUUUUCUAAAUCUAAUUUGCCCCUAAACCCAUAUUGAGUGAAUCUUUGCUAUUAUUUUUGUAAUCUAGGCCUACUUUUAAAAGAAAAGUGCCCUGAUGGCUCUUCGUGUAAGUGGUUGGCUCUAGCUCAGGAUUUUAUAAAAUGACUCUUAAAGCAGUCCAUGUGUAUUCUGGUUGAUUGGUAUGCACAGACAUCGCAACUUUUUUUAUUCUUUAGAUGCAUCUACACAGCACCAUUUCGACAGAAGCUGAUUUGGACAAAUUGAAAUGCAAUGAUGGAAAGUCACUAAUGAAAAGCACUGUAAUCUGAUUGUUGGAGGUAUAUGGGUAUUAGCUUACUGCGUACAUUGAGUUCUGUAGGUUUAAAGUGUGUAAAAGAUUUUACCCACAAAAAUGUGUUUGUGUGUUUUGUCAUAGCAGUAAUCUUUUACAGCAGUAGUGUUUUUUGUGUUUUAUGUUGAUUGCUUUUGUGUAAUUGUGCAUUAAAUUUUAAAGUACCAAAA